CAAGCUUCAAACAUGGCCUGUCUCCUGAUCCUUUCCUGCCUUGCCUUUGUUGGUGCUGCCUACGGCUGUGGCUCACCUGCCGUCCAGCCUGUCAUCACCGGCUAUGCCCGCAUCGUCAACGGUGAGGAGGCCGUGCCCCACUCCUGGCCCUGGCAGGUGUCCCUGCAGGACUACACUGGCUUCCACUUCUGCGGUGGCUCCCUGAUCAAUGAGAACUGGGUCAUCACUGCUGCCCAUUGUGGUGUGAAGACUUCUCACCGUGUCAUCCUGGGAGAGCAUGACCGCUCUUCCAACGCUGAGGACAUUCAGACCAUGAGGAUUGGCAAGGUCUUCAAGCACCCCAAAUACAAUGGCUUCACCAUCAACAACGACAUCACCCUGAUCAAGCUGGCCAGCCCUGCUCAGAUGGGUCUCCGUGUGUCUCCUUUGUGUGUUGCUGAGACCGGUGACAACUUCCCUGGUGGCAUGAAGUGUGUGACCUCUGGCUGGGGUCUGACCCGCCACAAUGCCCCCGACACCCCCGCCCUGCUGCAACAGGCUUCUCUCCCUCUGCUGACCAACACUGAGUGCCAGCGUUUCUGGGGCAGCAAGAUCACAAACCUCAUGAUCUGUGCUGGUGCCUCUGGUGCCUCCUCCUGCAUGGGUGACUCUGGUGGCCCCCUGGUCUGUGAGAAGGCUGGUGCCUGGACUCUGGUUGGUAUCGUGUCCUGGGGUAGCGGCACCUGCACCCCCUCCAUGCCUGGAGUGUACGCCCGCGUCACUGAGCUCCGUGCCUGGGCCGACCAGAUCAUUGCUGCCAACUAAAGUUGUGAUCACUACAAAAAAAAUAAUUUUUGUCAUCAAUAAACAUCUUUGUUUAUCUAA